UUGCUUUGGGAAUGCUACUCUGUGUAAGUGAGACCGAAGCGGAUAAUUUGGAUUUGGGUAAUAUUGUCAAGAACCUAGUAACGAACAUGGAACGGAGCACAGUUUGGGAUGAAAAUUUGCAUUUCUCACUCAUUUUUGCCGAGUUUAUAAUUAAACAAAAAGUGCGUUUUUAUGAGCCGACACGCUUCGAAAACCAGCUUUAUGAGGACAUUUUAAAGCGCAUCACAACUUUUCGGGCCAAAUUUAUAGUUAAGAACGGUAUCGGUCGACUGGAUAAUCUGCUGCAAAAGAAUGUCAGGUUGAUUAAGCCUGCUGUGAUUGAAGAUCAAAUUAAUACCGAGUUGGAAUAUAGAACGCUGAAGGGGACUUAUGAUAAGUUGCAAAAUACUGGAUUUCCAAGCUCAACGUUAUCAGACUAUUGUCUGCUUCAUAUUAGCUCUUUGGAUAAGUGCGAUGCAAUUGAGAAACAUUGUCUUCAGGUCAUAAGCUCCAAUGCGCCCACAUUUGGCUAUCGUCGCAUGCAUCAAAUACUAAUUCUCUAUGUGUUGAUGCAUCACACCUGUGCGCCGCAGUUCGGUCCGCAAAUCGUCUAUGAAAUUUUGUCGACGCAACAUUGUUCGGAAGUUUACCGUGAACAUCGGCUCUUAGCUAUGUCAUAUUCGCAAGCUCGUCGCGAUUUGUACAUCGAACAAAGUGCUUUGUGCGGUCUUUUUGGCUUUAGGGAGUUUCUUAAUAAGGCGGAAGUGCGAAAAAUUUCAUCAUGGGAUAAGUUCGGCAUUUGCAACUGUGUGGGCGAAAUAACGUUUUUCCCGGCUUCGAAUGAAGACGACAUCUGCAAGUGUGGUGACCAUUCACACAGUGUUGCAUUGUUAUUUUAUGUGAAUGCUAUGUUGUUUUUGCAUUAA